AUGCCCGCCCACGCCCCGCCGCGCCGCCCGCGUCUGCGGACACCACCGCUGCUGCUGCUGCUGCUGCUGGCCCUGGGUGGCCGCCGCCUGCGCGCCGAGCCCGGCGACGGCGCGCAGACCUGGGCCCGCUUCGCGCGCCCUCCGGCCCCGGGUACCGCGGGGCUCUUCCACGACACCUUCCCCGACGGCUUCCACUGGGCCGUGGGCAGCGCCGCCUACCAGACGGAGGGCGGCUGGCGGCAGCACGGCAAGGGUGCGUCCAUCUGGGACACAUUCACCCACCGCCCUCCGGCGCCUCCAGGCGACCCCCCGGUAGCCGGCAUGCCGUCGGGCGCCCCGUCUCUGUCCCCGCCCGCCACCGGGGACGUGGCCAGCGACGGCUACAACAAUGUCUUCCGCGACACGGAGGGGCUGCGUGAGCUCGGGGUCACCCACUACCGCUUCUCCAUCUCGUGGGCGCGGGUGUUUCCCAAUGGCAGCGCCGGCGCCCCCAACCGGGAGGGGCUGCGCUACUAUCGGCGUCUGCUGGAGCGGCUGCGGGAGCUGGGCGUGCAGCCCGUGGUUACCCUGUACCACUGGGACCUGCCCCAGCGCCUGCAGGACGCCUAUGGCGGCUGGGCCAGCCGCGCCCUGGCGGACCACUUCAGGGAUUACGCUGAGCUCUGCUUCCGCCACUUCGGCGGCCAGGUCAAGUACUGGAUCACCAUCGACAACCCCUACGUGGUGGCCUGGCACGGCUACGCCACCGGGCGCCUGGCCCCCGGCGUCCAGGGCAGCCCGCGGCUCGGGUACCUUGUGGCACACAACCUCCUUCUGGCUCAUGCCAAAAUCUGGCAUCUCUACAAUACUUCUUUCCGCCCCACUCAGGGAGGCCAGGUGUCCAUUGCCCUGAGCUCCCACUGGAUCAGUCCUCGAAGAAUGACUGAACAUAGCAUCAAAGAAUGUCAGAAAUCUCUUGACUUUGUCCUAGGCUGGUUUGCCAAACCCAUAUUUAUUGAUGGGGACUAUCCUGAGAGCAUGAAGAAUAACCUUUCAUCUCUUCUGCCUGAUUUUACUGAAUCUGAGAAAAAGUUCGUCAAGGGAACGGCCGACUUUUUUGCUCUUUCCUUUGGACCAACCUUGAGUUUUCAACUGUUGGACCCUCAGAUGAAGUUCCGUCAGUUGGAAUCUCCCAGCCUGAGGCAACUCCUUUCCUGGAUUGACCUUGAGUAUAACCACCCUCAAAUAUUUAUUGUGGAAAAUGGCUGGUUUGUUUCAGGGACCACCAAGAGAGAUGAUGCCAAAUAUAUGUAUUACCUCAAAAAAUUCAUAAUGGAGACCUUAAAAGCCAUCAGGCUGGACGGGGUGGAUGUCAUCGGGUACACAGCGUGGUCCCUCAUGGAUGGCUUCGAGUGGCACAGAGGCUAUAGCAUCAGACGUGGACUCUUCUACGUCGACUUUCUAAGCCAGGAUAAGAAGUUGAUGCCGAAGUCUUCAGCCUUGUUCUACCAGAAGCUGAUAGAGAAAAAUGGCUUCCCUCCUUUACCUGAAAAUCAACCCCUAGAAGGGACCUUUCCCUGUGACUUUGCUUGGGGAAUUGUUGACAACUACAUUCAAGUGGACACCACUCUGUCUCAGUUUACCGACCCCAGCGUUUACCUGUGGGAUGUCCACCACAGUAAAAGGCUUAUUAAGGUGGACGGGGUUGUGACCAAGAAGAGGAAAUCCUAUUGCGUUGACUUCGCCGCCAUCCGGCCCCAGAUCGCCUUACUCCAGGAAAUGCACGUGUCGCAUUUCCACUUCUCCCUGGACUGGGCGCUGAUCCUGCCGCUGGGGAACCAGUCCCAGGUCAACCGCACGGUCCUGCGCUACUAUCGCUGCGUGGCCAGCGAGCUCGUGCGCGCCAACAUCACCCCGGUGGUGGCCCUGUGGCGCCCCGUCGCCCCGCACCAGGGGCUGCCGCCACCCCUGGCCCGGCACGGCGCCUGGGAGAACCCUCACACCGCCCUGGCUUUUGCAGAGUACGCCAGCCUGUGCUUUCGAGACCUCGGCCACCACGUCAAGUUCUGGAUCACGAUGGACGAGCCGUCCACGCGGAACAUGACGUAUAGCGCGGGGCACCACCUCCUGAAGGCCCACGCGUUGGCCUGGCGCGUGUACGAUGAGAAGUUUAGGCGCUCUCAGAAGGGUAAAAUAUCCAUCGCCCUGCAGGCGGAUUGGAUAGAACCGGCCUGCCCUCUCUCCCCAAAAGACCAAGAAGUGGCCGAGCGAGUUUUGCAAUUUGACAUUGGCUGGCUGGCCGAGCCCAUUUUCGGCUCUGGGGAUUAUCCACGCGUCAUGAGGGACUGGCUGAACCAGAGAAGCAAUUUCCUCCUGCCUUAUUUCACUGACGAGGAAAAAAAGCUAAUCCGGGGUUCCUUUGACUUUCUGGCUUUAAGCCAUUACACCACCAUCCUUGUAGACUGGGAAAAAGAAGAUCCAGUAAAAUAUAAUGAUUACCUGGCGGUGCAAGAAAUGACCGACAUCACCUGGCUCAGUUCCCCAAGUCAGGUGGCCGUGGUGCCCUGGGGGUUACGCAAGGUACUGAAUUGGCUGAAGUCCAAGUACGGAGACCUCCCCAUGUAUAUAAUCUCCAACGGCAUCGACGAUGAUCCUCAUGCAGCCGAAGACAACCUGAGGGUGUAUUACAUGAAGAAUUAUGUAAACGAAGCUCUGAAAGCGUAUAUAUUGGAUGGUAUCAAUCUUUGUGGAUACUUUGCUUAUUCAUUUAAUGAUCGCACAGCUCCGAAGUUUGGCCUGUAUCGUUAUGCUGCAAAUCAGUUUGAGCCCAAACCAUCCAUGAAACAUUACAGGAAAAUUAUUGAUAACAAUGGCUUCCCAGGUCCCAAAGCUCUGGGAAGAUUUUGUCCAGAAGAAUUCACCCUGUGUGCAGAGUGCAGCUUUUUUCAUACCCGAAAGUCUUUACUGGCUUUCAUAGCUUUUCUAUUUUUUGCUUUUAUUAUUUCUCUUUCUCUUAUUUUUUACUACUCUAAGAGAGGCAGAAGAAGUUACAAAUAG